AUGUCCAUGUGGCGCGCAGCCGCCGCACGCCUCCUCCUCACCCGCCGCUGGCCGUCCCCGUCCCCUCCCUCCGCCGCCACCGCCACUGCCGCUCUCUUCCUCCACGCGCGCCCCUUCUCCCCGCCGCCGCCGCGCCCGGCGCAGGCGGAGCCCGAGCCGGAGGUCACUUCGGCCGAGGCGCGGGGCCUGGUGCGCCUCGUCGGCGUCGAGGCGCUGAAGCGGCGCCUGCGGGACGGCCGGGACGAGGUGGUCGGGUACGGCCAGCUCCUCGACGCCUGCGUCGAGGCCGGCGCCGCGCGCACGCACGCCGAGGCCGAGGCGCUCGCGCGGGCCCUGGACCACGCCGGCGUCGUCCUGCUCUUCCGCGACAAGGCCUACCUCCACCCCGAGAAGGUCGCACUUCUUGAGCGUUACAUCACUUUGUCACUGUAUCGUCAUAGGUUCUUCGUCUGCAGUCUCCUCGUAUCGAAUUCGAAACUGCUUGCUGCUCUCGUGGUGGACCUGGUUAGAAGGGCUGUGCCACUUGCGCUAUCACCAGAGAAUGACCCGAGAAAAGAAGAGUUCGAGCAGCUCCAGGCAAAGAAGGAAGAGAUUGACAAGCUGGCGCACAAGCAAGUGCGGCGCAUCCUGUGGUCUGGCUUAGGGUUCUUCAUGUGCCAAGUCGGGCUCCUCUUCCGCCUCACAUUCUGGGAAUUCUCGUGGGACGUGAUGGAGCCGAUCGCCUUCUUCACCACCGCAUCUGGCCUGCUCGUCGGCUACGCCUAUUUCCUCAUCACCUCAAGAGAUCCGACGUAUCGGGACUUCAUGGAGAGUCUGUUCUUGUCAAGGCAGAAAAAGCUUUGUGCAGCGCAGAAGUUUGAUAUGGAGAGGUACCUGGAGUUGCAGAAGCAGUGUACGUGUCCCCUGGAAGGCCAUCGCCCUCAUGAUCCUAAGCUUCAUGACUUGUAA